AUGAUUGGGUUAUACGGAAUAGGCGGUAUAGGAAAGACCACCCUCAUGAAAAGGAUCAACAAUGAACUUCGGCGUGCGAAUCAUGGAUUCGACGUCGUUAUUUGGGUAGUGGUUUCCAAGCAAGUGAAUGAAGAUAACUUUCGAGACACCAUAAGAAAAGGGCUGAACAUUAAAGAUGAGUCAUGGGAAGGAUGGUCUCAGAAUGACAGGGUCUCUAAUAUGUCGGAAAAGUUGACCAAGAAAAAGUUUGCGUUGUUGAUUGAUGAUGUUUGGGAAAGGCUGGACCUUUCCGAAAUUGGAGUUCCUCGUGCUAGUCUCAAGAAUGGAUCUAAAGUAGUAUUCACAACUCGGUUGAAGCAAGUAUGCAACCAAAUGGAAGCCGAUGAAACAUGCGAAGUACAGAGCUUGAUGCCCGAAGAAGCUCUGACAUUAUUCAAGAAGAACGUCAGCAAAUCGCUUGAAAAUUGUCCUCAAGAAAUUCAAGACCUCGCCAAGGACAUUGCCGUAGAGUGCAAAGGGUUGCCACUAGCCCUCAUUACUGUCGGGCGAGCCAUGGCCGGUAAAGACGAUCCCCGUGACUGGAGGCAUGCACUAACAACAUUGAGGGACAAACCACACGAGCUAGCAGGUAUGGUGGAGAAAGUAUUUCACAUAUUGAAAUUUAGCUAUGAUAGUUUAGAUGAUGCUACUCGACAGGCUUGCUUCCUUUACUGCUGUUGCUUCCCUGAGGAUUACCCCAUAAUAGCGGAUGAGCUUAUUGAACUGUGGAUUGGAGAGGGCUUGUUAGGAAACACUAAUAAUAUAUACCGUAUGCGGGACAAGGAGCAUCUAUCUUGGGGGAUUUAA